AUGGAGAAGAAAACUGUUGAAAUGUCUCAAACAUCAGAUGCUUUGAUGCGGGGACGCAGUUUUGAUUCCAUACCAUCUACAUUUACUAAUGGAAGCAGUAGUCCUGGACCUCAUAGUCUGGAUCCAGAUAUAAGUCCAGAUGAAAUAGAAGAAAAGUCUCGCUUAAUUUCACAAGUUUUGGAACUUCAAAACACUCUAGAUGAUUUAUCUCAGAGAGUUGAUAGUGUUAAAGAAGAGAACAUGAAAUUGAAGUCUGAAAAUCAAGUGCUCGGCCAGUACAUAGAAAAUCUCAUGUCUGCCUCAAGUGUAUUCCAGUCAACUUCACCAAAGAACAAGAAGAAAGAAAUAAGCCACACAUUCUGUUAUA